UAGAGAGAGAAACAGGAACAGAAAGUGAAGACUUGUCAAGAUGUCUGGGUGAGGGGGACCAGAACAGAACAGAACACAGCAGAAGCCAGAUGCCAAACUGAAAAGAACAAAAGUCUGAGAAGCUGACUGGAUUAGACAGGAGGGGUGACCUGACCUGCUGCCACAGAAGUGCCUGCGGGGUGCAUCGUCUUCUCUCUCUCCCUCUCUCUCAGCAGCGAGUAAAUGUGAGCCUCAACAAUUCAGCAGCGUGACAAAACCAAACCGAAAGCUAAAGGGCAAGAGGACUUGAGAAAACAAUUAGAGGAAUGUGGACCUGCAUAAACAAACUCAGCUUAACAUUUUUUUUCCCUCCAGAUGAAAUCACUCCAACAAGACGAUUUUAAGGAAAACUCCCGUAAACAAGCAAUGUUUUAUUUUUUUUUUAAAGCAGUGUUUUAUUUUUUUUUAAACAGCAAAAGGGAUGCUUUUCAACAGCAUCCAUAAAGUGAACUUCCAGAAAGCAACAUAAACAGCACAAGCCCCAACAGAUACAUCAGAUAGAGCUGUGCCUCAGGGUAACUAUUUCAUCUAGGAUCUUUAUGAAGAAUGAGGAGCAUGAGAAGUUCAUUGUCAAGUCUCCAACAGUCUAUGCCCUGAUGGCUGAUGAAUUGACUCGUGCUCGGAGAGUUAAAUGAGAUAUCAGUCAGCUUUUAAAGUUGAAGCAACUCAAUCAUAUGAACAGCUUAACAGUGUUAUUUUAGUGUCUUUGGCAGCAUUUCUUUUUUUGUUAUGAUAUAGACCUUUUAUCUCUAAAGCUUUUAUUAAAAAUCUUUUGGGAGUCCAACAGAAGUAACUCAGCUCUACAGGCCAAACAGUAUGGAAGGGAAUUUUCAGAGUGCCCAGGAUUUUUUCAGCUGGCUUUGGAGCUUCGCCGUGGAGAAACACAACCAGGGGGUCUACAACACCGUCUGCCUGGUCGUCCUGCUUGCGCUUCCACUGCUAGUCUUCCUCACUGCCGUAGUGGUGUGCUGCCACUGCUGCUGCUGUCGCCAUGAUAACAGCUGCUGCUGCUGUUGUCAUGGAGGCUCUUCGAGGUCAGCAACGCAAAAGAAAAAGAAUUCAACCAACAACGAGGACUUGUGGAUAUCUGUAAAGACUGGGCCUACGACACCUGAUCGGGUCGCUAUGGGUAUGGUGUGAGGGUUAGCUCUGUGUUUUAAACUCUCUGAUCCCAGGACAGUUCACGCAGUGAUGCUGAUCAAUAGCUGAGAAGAUGUAAAACUCAAACCAUUUGGGGAGAAACGUAUGAGGAUAUUUUUCAAAUCAAAGAUCUACACAUCGUAGAGGGCAUAGUCAUGGCUGAGACAAGUUUGAUUCUGUAUAUAAAUAAUUGUCACUUUGUAUUCACAUGAUGUUGUUUUUGCAGGUUUUAUGACAGUGUUUACAACAUUUUUAUGAGCUUCUUUAUUUGGAGGUACAUAAAAGAAGAAAUAUGCAGACUGAAUAUAAUUGCAAGUGUGUGUGUGUGUAGUGUGCUUGUGCCUGGGUGCAUGUGGUUAUGGGUGUGUGUGUAUGUGUGUAUAAGAUAGAGAGGUGUAGAGUUAUUGAGAUCACUUUGUUCUUAGAACUCCCAUGUGAAAUUCAAUGCCUCCAUAUUUAGGAGAGGGAGCAAACUAAAGGUCUGCUCAGUGUUCAAAAGCUGUAUUAUCACCUACAUUCCAGGUUGCAGACUGAGAGAAACAGCAGCGAUUUCUAAAAGGGGCCUUCAUGUCUUUUUGUUUGUUUAAUGCAAUUUAUUGUUAACACAAGAUGAGUUUAUCCAUACCCCAGAUUCAUGGAGAGGAUUGCUCCAUUUACAUUAGAUGAGGCUCAAAUUCAUUACACAGAAGCAAGAAAACAAAGUUAUAUGUUUCUAUUAGAAACAAUUUACUGUAAACCAUGUGUAUAGUUUGAUGGCCCGAUUUAGAUUUGGAGCUCAGGAAAAAUAAAAUGUCAAGAUGUAGAAACAUAA